GAGAAAGAGAGAGGGAGAGAGAGAGGGGGAGAGUGAAAGAGAGACAAACAGGGAAGCGCCUGAGUGAGAAACAGAGCGGGCAUAGUGGUACCACUCCACAGGAACUACUCCACUGCACACUUGCUCUGGCUGGCUCACUGUCUUUCCCUCUCUCUUGCUCAAACACACACACACACACACGCACGCACGCACACACACACACGUAGCUCUCUCUGGACUGGCCGCAGAGAUGGGGUCAGCCACUGAGACCAGCGACGAGGACCAGCAUCCAGUGGACAUAACUGGGGUUUGACACUGAGCCAUACACAUAUACGCACUAAAACAUACAUACAAACACACACACACACACACACACACACACACACACACACACAGUGGGGGAGUACUCUACUUCAUCUCCAACAAAAUCUUGCAAGAGGAAGAGGAGUGGUCUAUCAGCCAUGACAGGGGGUGUGUUCAAAGCCUUUGCCGUGCUCCUGUUGGUCCACGUGGCGUCGGCCUGCCCCAAGGAGUGCACGUGUGACUCCCACGCCAAAGCGGUGGACUGCCGCGGCCAGGGCCUCUACGACAUCCCGCGGCACCUGCAGGCCGACACGCUGGAGCUGCACCUGCAGGACAACCGCAUCCGCGGCCUGGGCUCCAUGGCGUUCCGCGAGACGCCGCAGCUGCGCGUGCUGGACCUCACCAACAACUCCAUCACGUCGGUGUCGCCCAGCGCGCUCCUGGGCCUGCGCUCGCUGCGCCAGCUCAGCCUGGCGCACAACGGCGUGCGUGAGCUCGACCGGCGGCUGCUGGGCUCGGUGCGCAACCUCACGGCGCUGGACCUGUCGCACAACGCCAUCGCGGGCUUGCCCGGCGCGCUGGCCGACAGCAUGCGGCAGCUGCGGCACCUCUCGCUGCAGCACAACCGGCUGCAGAAGCUGGACCGCAGCCACCUGGAGGCGCUAGAGAGCUUGGAGGGGCUACAGCUGCGGGGGAACCCCUGGCGCUGUGACUGCCACAUGAUCGCGCUCAAGCUCUGGCUGGAGACCUUCCUCUUCAAGGGUGGUGUGGUAGACGAGGUCACCUGCACCCAGCCUGAUGCCAUGAAAGACAAGGACCUACAGCAGGUCCCAUACGAGCUCUUCCACUCCUGCAUGGCCACCAGCUACCACUACCUGUUCGCCAACCUGCGCCACCUCGAGUCAGAGCACCGGCACCGCGAUGACCACCUGCACCUGCCGGAGCUCGGGGGUGGUGGAGGAGAGGGGGGUGGCAGCUCGCUACCCGAGUGUGAGCCCAAGCAGCGGCCGCGUCCGGUCAACCUGCGGCACGCCAUCGCCACGGUGGUGAUUACCGGCGUGGUGUGCGGCAUCGUGUGCCUGAUGAUGCUAGCGGCGGCCGUUUACGGCUGCGCCUACGCGGCCAUCAUGGCGCGCUACCAGCGCGACCUGAAGAAAGCCGAGGAGCGGGCAGCGGCCGCCGCCGUGUCCCUGCCCGACAAGGAGAAGGAGAAGACGGGCACGGCCGACGAGAAGGAACCGCUGGAGAAUACCAUAGCCUGAGCGAGAGUGCGCGUGUGUGCGUGGGCACGCAUGUAAUGUCGUAACACAAAGGCGGUGGGAUGUGACUGGAGUCCUGUGAGCAGACGAUGCAAAGACGCUGACACAAAUGUAAGACCUGUUGCCAUCAAGCACACACACACACACACACACACACACACACACACACACACACACACACACACACACACACACAAUAUUCACACAUUUACUUCUUUAUUUGUGUCCACAAUUCAGAAUUAAUAUAUAUAUAUAUUAUACAGGACAUACAUUUGAAAGGUGCAAACAUUGUUCAGACAUGAUUCAAUCAUAUGACUCUGUUGACAAUAAUAAAACAAGAGUGCAGCAGAUGUUAUGGGUACAUACUGUACGACACCUUCUUCUCCAAAUGUGGCUACUUGGUUACUUCCAAUAAUGGAUGAAACACACACACACACACACACACACAGGCAGAACAUGACCAAAAUAACCUGCACACACACAGAAAUACACACAUGUACAUUUUGAACUUAUACCUUUUCCACUGGAUAUGCCAACAAAAGCACACACACACUUCCUAAUUAUACAUAUAUAAGAACUCUGAAAACUCCAGACACAACAGAGCCAAGUACAACACACACACAAACACACACACACAGCAUCAAGGCACUCACCCAUGCCUGCAUUUUUUUAGACUGCAGAUAGGACUGGACUUGGUGCUGAGCAGUCUGGCAACUAACCAAACCUUGCACACACACUUCGCCCCUUUGCUCCUCGUCUUUGCCCCUUUAAUACAUACAGUGCAGGCCUCUGGCGGAUUCCCGGGAUGCUGGGACAUGUGGACCCUCACUGGACUGGAGUUUGAAAAUGUGAAAUGGAUUUUGACAUAUAUGCUGUGUGCGGUGUCGGCCAAAGAUACGUAGAAAACAUAUCAGUGACUUCCAUGACGACAGACCCAAAACGAUGAACCCGUUCACUUUUAAAGCACAAAAGGCAUUAUGUACAUAUCUGCCGUGGUAGUGGUCAGAUUGUUUUUAUUUUGUUUCCUUCUCUUUUUUUGCUGGUUGUUUGAGUGUCAUUUAUUAGUCAAGUGGACUUUUUUUUAUUGUGUGUGUAAAAUGGGCCUAUCAGGGUUUGACUGGGAAAGUAGGCAGCUGCUAACUGUGCAUAUCUUGUAUUCCUGUGUGUCAUAAGCAGGGGUGUGUAUAUUUUAGGUUUCUAUAAGGUGUGUCUAUCUGGGAUAGCCUAAGCCUCAGAGGUCAGUGAUGUGUAUGAUUGGGGUACACUGGAAGACCGAGUGUGGGCAUUUCUUCGUGUUUGCAUUUGGGAGGAUCUGUGUGUUUGCAUUUGUCUGCAUCUCUAUGUGUGUUUGUGUACAAAUGUAUGUGAUCGUGUGUGUGUGUGUGUGAGAGAGAGAGAGCAUGUGUGUGUGUGUGCCGUGUGUUGUGUGCGUGUUAACUGUGUGUAAAUGAGUAUAUCAUUUGUCGUUUGUUCCUGUUCGUUCGCAACCGAGUAGAGCAACUGUUUUAGCAAUAACAUCUUUAGUCUAUGACUUUCCGCAAAAGACUAACACUGUCUCGUUAAGCAAUACUGGGUACUGAGAAUUAAAUGGGACAGAAUGGGAAGAAAUCUUAUUUGGAUUUUUUUAGUGUGGAAUUUCUGCCCAUGCCUUGGUUUGACUUGACCACAGACAGUAAACAGGACCUGCCCACAAAUUUAGAGUGCUGGUGGAUAUUUGGCUCUUCCAUCGUGACUUGUGCCAAGCUUUCUCUCGAUUACAUGCUAAUGCUUUCAAACGAGCCAAAAACAAAGAUGGCUGACAAAGUUGUGAAAUUGGGCACAUUGCUAAAUAGGAUCAAAAGCAGGGAAUAAAUCAACCUACACACACACACACACACACACACAGAGAGAGAGACUUUUAUGCAAAAAGUGAAAUAGUGUGAAGGACACAGGGCUAGUUCUGUCAUGAUGGACGGCAGCUUUAUCCAUCUUACAUAACGGAGGAAGAGAAAAAACCCAGUGACGGAUUAUAGAGAGAAAAAAUGAACAGAGCAGAGGAGGAGAGA